UGGGGGUCACUAGUGACAAGAGGCAGCAUCUUCCGUGCAGUUUCCCAGACCUUCACAUCUCCCAAUAUGCUGCUGUGCUUGACGUCAUUCAGCGCCACCCUGCCUGUUCAUUCAUAACAAAUUGCGUACUACAGUAACACUCUCGCGCCACCCUUCGCAUGCACACAGAAUUUCCUUCCCCUCCCCUUUUCGCGAAACGCGAUUUCGUGGCUGACCAACCCCGUAGGGCGUGUCCCACUCGUACACUCGACUGCGGUCGGGAACGGUUCAAACACUUGACCGCUUUGGAACAUAUAGCACCAGAUUCAACCGUACUAAGUGAAUCUAAAACAAAGGCGAGGGACACGCCCUAAUGCGUCGGAUCCGGACCUUGCCUUGAAAUCUCCGCUGCUCUGACUACUGCAGAAUUAUUGGACGAUUAGGGGAAGGCGAAGUCUGCCGCACGAGUUUCCUCAUUGUCCUAGCGACGCAGUUUCGAUGCCACCUCGCGGCCUCUUUCCCGCGAUUAUGCUUGCUGCCGGCCAUCUCGCCAGUCCCCCACCACGACGACCGUCGUCGCACGACGAUGACGUCUUGCCAGUCCGUUUCGCCUUGCGCGACGUCGCAGCGAGGCGCGUCCCUCUAGCUCCGAGCUCGAGUCGAUACCAUCCUCAGCCUUCACCGCUGGAGCUUCUCUGGAGUAUAAAAGGAGGCAUACGAUAGCCAUGAUUUAUCGCUCACUCUCACAGCAUUCGAGGCCACUGCCAUCUCAUUUCCACCUUAGAGCAAUCUGAGUCGCAAUCUGAGCAUCUUUCAGUGGCUUCGGUUCAGCGCGAUUCUGAUCCGCCCUGAUUUCAAAGGCAUUCCCGGAUAGCGAGCUCACCUGCCGUUUUCCGGCUCCGAAUUUCCCCAUUCUCUGCUGCCUCUCUAACAUCAUGGCGGCCGUCAGCCUGUUGAGGCGUCUCUGCGCUGCAUUGGCAUUCGCAAUGAUCGCUGCUUCCUUCACUCUGCCAGCACUUGCUGACGUCACAUCCACUGGAGUCACAUCCGCUGCUGUCACGUCCGCUGCUAGCCGUGUGGCAAAGCGCGAGGCUCGCAGGCUGCUGUCUGGCGCCAAGGCACGGCAGUUGGGAGAGACAACUUCAGUUGCUGCUGGUAACUGGGCCGGGUCUGACACCACCAGUCCUAGUGGCUGCACCAGCAGCAGUGGUGACACCAGCAGCAGUGGUGACACCAGCAGCAGUGGCGAUGGCGGCAGCAACGGUAGCAGCGGUGUGGACGUGGCAGCGAUUCUGGAGGAGCACAACAAGGCACGGCAGGAAGUGGGCGUGCCAGACCUCGCAUGGGACGAGGGAGUGGCACUCGCAGCGCAGCAGUGGGCAGCUGAGCUCGCUUCCAGUGGAUGCAACCUGGAGCACGGAGGGGCUGACGGACUCGGGCAGAACCUGUACUGGAAGGCGCCUGUGCAGCUGAACAGUGCCGAGGACCGGGCGGCAGUGCAGUCGUGGGUGGCAGAGAAGGAGGACUGGACGUACAGUGCCGUGCCGGAGGGGUGUGCGGAUGGCAAGCAGUGCGGGCACUACACGCAGGUGGUGUGGCGGGAUACCACGCAUGUUGGGUGCGCUGCUGCCCAGUGCGCGGAUGGGGGGGGCAUUUGGGUGUGUGACUACUGGCCGCAGGGGAACAUGAUUGGAUCCACUCCCUACUAGGCAUUUCCUGCGAUGAGGGGAGGAUGGAGAGCUGCUCUCACUAGCCUUGUGAGAGACGCAUGGAAGAGGGUGAUGCAUGGCGAUAAAUAAGAAAGGGGCGUGGAAGUGAGACUGUCCCUACCUGCUGUCGCACCUGUUGCUUUGUUAUGUUUUUGGGUUUGAUGAGUCUAGUAGACGUGUUUUUUGUUGGUAACUUCAUGACCUAGCAAUAUGU